AUGUCGACAAACCCAAAUUCCGGACAGCCUUCUCAAGGGGGAAAUAAUGUCCAGGGCCCUCCCACUCAGCAGCUAACUCCCGAUUCUGUGCAACAUCUGGCAUUGCGAUACCGCCAAUAUUUUAAUGAAGCCCAGAGACUCGGUCCAACCACGCCCCAGGGCCAGGAACUGUUGAGAAGAGCCUCAAAGAUUAAGGCCAUGUACGUUGCUUACAAUAAUCAAAAUCAGCAGGCCCCACAGGGUCUCUCCCAGGGCACAGCGGGACCCAGCCAAGGCGGGGAAACUCGAUCUGCCACGCCGACGAAUUCUCAAGCAACAAAUGGGUUGCCAGCGGGCAAUUCGAUAUCCAGUAAUAUACAAACAUUGCUAACGCCUCAGCAGAAUGAAGCAUAUGGCAGAUUAAUUCAAACUUUUCACGAAAAUGGUGAGAAUAUCAAGAGCGAGUAUGCGUACCUGAAGAAGCAAGUCGAAAUCUUAGACGGAGAAAUUAAGAAAAGACAAGGAAACCCUGCUACUGUAAAUCAGCUGGAGACAAAGAAGGCCGAAAUUCUUAAUAAACUGACCGGUUUUGGUGUUUCGUUCCGCGCCUUGAGUCAAAAGCUUCGCGAGGACAAAAAGAACUUCUACAUCGAAUGCGCCGCAACAAAUCCAAACUUGAAACGAUUUCUUCAAGCUUCCACACAACAGCAGCGUGCAAGUGCGUCGAACACGUCCGCACCACAGCAGGCUGGCGCAGGAAGCCCCGAUCAACAACAAAUGACACCCCAACCACAGGAACAGCAACCACCACUACAACCGCGACAACAACCGCAACAACAACAGGCAAAACCUUCUGCACCUCAACCUGGAACAGGGGGAAGCAGCAGGUCACCCACCCAAGUGACAUCUGUAAAUGCUGCGGCCCACCUCGCCAAUAAUGCCAACUCUGGGGGGAGACAAGCUAUAUUCAAACAGCCCAAUCCUUCCGUACCUAUUUCAGAGACUGUGGCGCAGAAGAUGCCGGUUCCUGUUGUGCAUCGCUCAAAUAGACCUACAAUCACAGGAGGAAGUGCUAUGAAUGCAGCUGCGUUGAACACGCCUGUGAUGACUAAAUUACCACCAUAUGAGGUUGACAAUGAAAGGGUAAUGUCAAAGAGAAAGUUAAGAGAGCUUGUCAAAUCUGUUGGCAUAGAUGAAGGUGAUGGGGAGACUACCAUCGACGGCGACGUUGAAGAGCUACUCUUAGAUCUUGCUGAUGACUUUAUUACGAACGUGACGAGCUUCUCCUGCCGUCUUGCUAAGCAUAGGAAGUCUGACAAUUUAGACGUGCGUGACAUCCAGCUGCACUUAGAACGUAAUUGGAACAUCCGCAUCCCUGGGUACGCUGCCGAUGAAGUUAGAUCUACUCGAAAGUGGAACCCUACUUCGUCUUAUAAUCAAAAGAUUCAAGGUGUCAAUACAGCAAAAGCUGCAAAAUCAGCUACUGCGGCUCAAGCAGCUGCUUCGCAGGCCGUCACUGGUAAUUCUGAUAAUAAGAACCAGUCGUUAUCUUGA